UAUUAUGGUUGCUAUGGUUUAUUAUGGGAAUAAUAAUAAUGGGUUUGUUUGUUGGGUUUUGUUUUGGUUCAUUUUCAUGGCAGUUGGUCUUGGUGAGUUCUUCGUCUAUGGGGAUAAUAAUGCUUGGUUUAAUGCUCAUGCAACUUUCUAUGGAGUUGAUCAAAACCCUACUAGUCUUGGAGGAGCAUGUGGUUACGACAAUACAUUCCAUGCGGGAUUUGGAGUAAACACAGCGGCGGUGAGCGGCGUACUUUUCAGAGGUGGAGAGGCCUGCGGCGCUUGCUUUCUAGUAAUUUGCGACUACAACGUCGACCCCAAGUGGUGUCUCCGCCGCCGUGCCGUCACUGUCACCGCCACAAACUUCUGCCCGUCCAAUAACAACGGCGGCUGGUGCGACCCCCCUCGGUCCCAUUUCGACAUGUCGUCACCUGCUUUUCUUACCAUUGCUCGUCAAGGCAACGAAGGCAUUGUCCCUGUCCUUUACAAGAGGGUGAGUUGUAAAAGAAGAGGAGGGGUUCGAUUCACGUUGAGAGGACAAUCAAACUUCAACAUGGUGAUGAUAUCAAAUGUUGGGGGUAGUGGCGAUGUGAAAGUUGCAUGGGUAAAAGGGUCGAGGACGAGGACGUGGAUGCCCAUGCAUCGAAAUUGGGGGGCGAAUUGGCAAGCCAAUGUCGACCUCCGAAAUCAAAGAAUGUCGUUUAAGCUCACUCUAGUUGAUGGAACAACAUUGGAGUUUGUCAAUGUUGUUCCUUCCUCUUGGAGGUUCGGGCAAACAUUUUCAUCCAUGAUUCAAUUCUCCUAAAGUGCUUUGU